AUGACUCAAUUCAAUGACUCUACGAAGAAACAAAAGCCUGUAGUCCAAGUUGGCUAUGAUGAAACCAGAGAUUGUGGUGUAUGUACUAACAAUGUAGCCGAAUGGGAAACUCCCUGCAAGCAUUUAUACUGUGAUGAUUGCGUCGAGGCUUUUCUUCCCAAAAAUUGUGCCGUCUGUCUUAUGUGCGAUACUAAACUAUAUGGAGGUCCAGCCGUCUUUCCCUACUCACCGCAUACUCUCUAA